CCGCCGCCCCUCUCACCAAUCUCUCGGUUCCCCAGUGACCUCGCCGGCCACCCCAGCACCAAGCUCGCCGUCGCAGCUCCGGCCCCUUCGCCCAGUCCAGCCCCGCGCCUCCAUCAAGUCGUCCGCAGCAGCCGGCGGAGGAACUGCGCCCGCCCACCCUUCUUCCGCUCCUCCUACAGCGUCCGCCAUCGCCGUCCGUUCGUCGUCGUCAAGGUCGCCGGCCCACUCGCCUCCGUCCUGCUCCGAGGAUCCCACCCUCCCGCAGUAUUACCAUGGAAUGGCCGUGACGAUUGGAAACUGCAGCUUAUCCUCCACAAAUCAAGCAGGUAGAGGUGUUGGUGGAAAGAAGAUGUUGCAUUAGGCUGCAGGUGGGCGGGCGUGUAAGUGCAAAAUUUGCAAAGGGCCCGGAAACGACUGGAUAUUUCCUCCAAAUCCAAACCUAACCCAGAAGAAACGAUCGACGAUGGCGCCAACAGAUCCUGAGCCGGCGAAGGCCAAGCCUGCGCCAUCAGCCAAGCGCCUUCAGUCGCCGGAGCGCAAGAGAAAGAUCCCACCAUUGGCCAAUCCGCCACAGACGGAGAAGAAAAGGAAGAAGACGAUAUCGCCGUCGGCUGACGCCAACAAGAAGCCUCUCCCUCUCGAGCACGUGUGGACACCCAGCGACGAGAUCCGGAUACUCGAGGCCAUGGCGGCGCAUCGACAGGCUGAGCAGGGCAAGCUGCCAAGAACCAGGGAGCUCUUUGACUCCCUGGAUGGCCGCCUCGACAGCAAGGGUUUCGGCCGGAAGGAGCUCCGACGUAAGGUGCGCAGCCUGAAGCGCCAGCACGACGACGGGGCCGUCAAGGGCGUUGUCCCUGCAGAAGAACAUUUGUGCCGCCUCUACCACCUCUCCCAGAAUGUCUGGGGCACCAACCCUGAGCCAAAGGUGUGCAAGACAUUCGAUGAAAUGCGUCAGAUCUAUCCUUGCCUUGCUCACGAGGUGGUGCAUAUUAUCCCCGAUCCUGCGGUCUUGGAGAGAUUGCUCAUGGGAAUUGACGAUGUCAAGGCACAUACACUAAAUGCCAAGAUCAGUUGCCUAAGGGAAGAGCUCACCCAGGCUAUCACGGAAUCAGCAAUGAUGCAAAAAAUCCAAGUGCCUAAAGGAUGGCAGUGCCCAUACAAUAAGCAGCCGCCAGCAAAGCUCAGAGCACAAAAUCACAGUUUACUUUGUUUAGAUCGCCUGGACAAAGCUCUUGGCGCACGUGAUGUUGCCCAGAAGCAAUUGGCUGUUGCCCAGGAGCAAUGGGCAAGAAUGGAUCAUGAACUGGGAAAACUGAAACAAGCCAUUAUUGCUUCUGGGCCACCAAAGGAUAUAAGAUGUGAAUCUGCGGAGAGUGCUCCUCAGUCAGUUGUGGCUGAAAAUCCAUCUUCACACAAUGUAAAUCAAAGGAAGAUACCGGUGCAAAAGAAAUUGGCAUGUGGGAAUAAUAAGGAGGUUACCUCUAAGUAUCGGCCUCCCAAAAAUUUAUCAGGAAAGGUGAUAUUGGCACCGAAAAGGAUGCAUGUUGCUAGGAAAGAGAAGAUGGAUGCUGAAAGCCAGAUUUUGCAUCAUGCUGAUGACAGGAAGGUAGCAGGACGAGGACAUCAAGACCUUUCCCAUCAUAUGAAUGUGGAGGGUGGGGAACGGGUUAUUUUAAUUUCAUGUGUACGACCACAUCGUCCAGUAGCCAAGGCUACUGUUCAAACAUGUUUACCAUCUACAAUGGUUGGGGGCAAGGCACUUGGACCUGGAUGUUGCCAAGUGUUGGUCAAUGAAGUGUUGGAUGGAAAGGCUCUUCUGAUACGCCCUUUUGGGACCAUGAACACAAUGGCUGAUGCACUUGGACAUUCUAUUGCAUGGAUACGUGCAAAGACCCAACAUGAUACUACUGCUGGCAUGGUAGCAUCUAACCAAGCAUCUCCAGGGCACGGAUGAAAUGCCGCCUUUUGCGCCUGAGCUGAACUCUGGAUCAUUUUGCAUAUGAUAGUAGGCAUCAAUCUUAAUGAUGGUUUUUCCUGAACAUGAAUGACGCAACCUGAUGUAUCUAUCAUACAUGACUUGUAUUCCAACUAGGACGACUUCGGGAGUCCCUGCGAAGGCCAUCAAUACGUGAUAUUGGGUUGCCAUGGAAACUUGUCGUGUUUCAUGGCUACAUGAAUCAAUGCUUGUUUUAUGGUACCAAUAGAUCCUUCAUGAGAUAUAGUUUCAUAUUAUACCGAUGUGAUCUCAUAUAUAUUGUUGUUCUUUUCAAUAAAAGUUCCUCCAAUUUAUAAAAAUCGACUUAAUGGAA